AUGUCGGAUCAUGAUACUCCAAUGGAAAGCAUACAAAAUGGUGAAAAUUCAGACGAAAGAUUGAACGCCAUUGCGUCUUUUUUCGGUUGCUCUUUAGAGCAGGUUAAAUCAUUUGACGGUGAUGUGGUAAAACACCUUAACGAUAAACUUUUACAGUUUAAUGAACUUAAAUCGGAGAAUCUAAAGGUUACCGUCUCAUUCGAUGAAUUGAAGGCUAGUUCUUUAAAGAAAAUUGAUGGUUUGAAGACAGAAAUGGAAAACGUUAUAAGAGAAAAUGAUAAAAUCCGAAAAGAGAGGAAUGAUACUUUUGUUAAGUUCGAAUCUGUAGAAAAUGAAAAGAUGAAAUUAUCAAGUGAGCUAGAGUUUGUGAAAAGGAAGCUCGAUGAUUUAACUGAGGAGAAAAAGGAAACCCAGAGUAAUCAACAGCGAACCCUGAAAAUACUGGAUGAAAGACUAAAAGAAAUAGAAUUGGUCAGGGUUGAGAAUAAUCGCUCCAAUAGUGAAUGUAAGAAACUACGCUCUACAAUAAUGGAUUUAGAAACAAAACAACAGGGCUAUAUUACUAAUGACCUGAAUUCUAGAACUGAACUGGAAAGAAAAACACAAGAAUUGACUUUAUUGCAGUCAAAUAAUGAUUGGCUAGAAAAGGAGCUACGUUCAAAAAAUGAACAGUAUCUCUCCUACAGACAAAAAACCGACAAAGUAAUUCUAGAUAUCAGGAAUGAAUUAAAUCGUUUAAGGAAUGAUUUUCAAAUGGAAAGAACGAAUAAUGAUGUUUUGAAGCAAAAAAAUAACGAAUUGUCAAAAUCUUUACAAGAAAAACUACUGGAAAUCAAGGGUCUAUCCGACUCCCUAAAUUCCGAAAAGCAAGAAUUUUCUGCAGAAAUGUCCCUAAAGCAACGUUUAGUGGACCUUUUAGAAUCACAAUUGAACGCUGUAAAAGAAGAAUUGAACAGUAUAAGAGAGUUGAACACUGCAAAGGUAAUAGCAGAUGAUUCAAAAAAACAAACUCCCGAAAAUGAAGACUUACUUAAGGAAUUGCAGUUAACGAAAGAAAAAUUAGCACAAUGCGAAAAAGAAUGUCUACGUUUAUCCUCUAUAACUGACGAAGCAGAUGAAGAUAAUGAAAAUUUAUCUGCAAAAUCUAGUUCUGAUUUUAUAUUCCUGAAGAAACAAUUAAUUAAAGAAAGGCGUACCAAGGAACAUCUUCAAAAUCAAAUUGAAACAUUCAUCGUAGAGUUGGAACAUAAAGUGCCCAUUAUAAACUCUUUCAAAGAAAGAACUGACAUGUUGGAAAACGAAUUGAAUAACGCUGCAUUGUUACUAGAGCAUACAUCGAACGAGAAGAAUGCAAAGGUUAAGGAAUUAAAUGCCAAAAACCAAAAGCUAGUGGAAUGUGAAAAUGAUCUUCAAACUUUAACUAAACAACGUCUCGAUCUAUGCCGUCAAAUACAAUACCUUUUAAUUACCAAUUCUGUUUCUAAUGACUCGAAGGGACCCUUACGUAAGGAAGAAAUUCAAUUUAUUCAAAACAUUAUGCAGGAAGACGAUAGUACUAUCACAGAAUCUGACUCUCAAAAAGUCGUAACUGAAAGACUAGUUGAAUUCAAAAACAUUAUUCAAUUACAAGAAAAAAAUGCAGAACUUUUGAAAGUAGUAAGAAACUUAGCCGAUAAGUUGGAAUCGAAAGAAAAGAAAUCUAAACAAAGUCUUCAGAAAAUCGAAAGUGAAACAGUAAAUGAGGCUAAAGAGGCUAUAAUAACUUUAAAGAGUGAAAAAAUGGAUCUAGAAUCAAGAAUUGAGGAACUACAGAAAGAGCUUGAAGAAUUGAAAACUUCUGUUCCCAACGAAGAUGCGUCAUACAGCAAUGUAACUAUAAAACAGUUAACCGAAACUAAGAGAGACCUCGAAUCUCAAGUACAAGACUUGCAAACUCGUAUCUCGCAAAUUACUAGGGAGUCUACUGAAAAUAUGUCACUUUUAAACAAGGAGAUACAGGACCUGUAUGACAGCAAGAGCGACAUAUCCAUUAAGCUUGGAAAGGAAAAAUCAUCGAGAAUAUUGGCAGAGGAACGAUUUAAACUACUUUCGAAUACGUUAGAUCUAACUAAAGCUGAGAACGACCAACUGCGCAAAAGGUUUGAUUAUUUACAGAAUACUAUUUUAAAACAAGAUUCCAAAACACACGAGACACUUAAUGAAUACGUUUCCUGUAAAUCUAAGUUAAGCAUUGUUGAAACAGAAUUAUUGAACCUGAAAGAAGAACAGAAAUUAAGAGUUCAUUUAGAAAAGAACUUGAAACAAGAACUGAAUAAACUCUCCCCUGAAAAGGACAGUUUACGCAUCAUGGUAACUCAAUUACAAACUUUACAAAAGGAGCGUGAAGAUCUAUUGGAAGAGACUAGGAAAUCAUGUCAAAAGAAAAUAGAUGAACUUGAAGAUGCUCUCAGCGAACUUAAAAAGGAAACUUCUCAAAAAGACCAUCAUAUCAAACAGCUGGAAGAAGACAACAAUUCAAAUAUAGAAUGGUACCAAAAUAAAAUCGAAGCUUUGAAGAAAGAUUAUGAAUCAGUAAUAACUUCUGUAGAUAGUAAGCAAACUGACAUUGAGAAAUUACAAUAUAAAGUCAAAUCACUAGAAAAGGAAAUCGAGGAGGACAAGAUUCGUUUACAUACUUAUAAUGUUAUGGAUGAAACAAUUAACGAUGAUUCCCUACGCAAGGAGUUGGAAAAAUCCAAGAUUAACUUAACUGAUGCUUAUUCACAAAUCAAAGAAUACAAGGAUCUCUACGAGACUACCUCUCAGUCUUUGCAGCAAACGAAUUCUAAAUUGGAUGAAUCUUUCAAGGACUUUACUAACCAGAUUAAAAACCUAACUGAUGAAAAAACUAGUUUGGAGGAUAAGAUUUCGCUUCUAAAAGAGCAAAUGUUUAAUUUGAAUAAUGAGCUAGAUUUGCAGAAAAAAGGGAUGGAAAAAGAAAAAGCUGACUUUAAGAAAAGGAUAUCAAUUUUACAGAACAAUAAUAAAGAAGUCGAAGCUGUUAAGUCCGAAUAUGAAUCGAAGUUAUCAAAAAUCCAAAACGACCUUGAUCAACAAACUAUAUAUGCUAAUACUGCGCAAAACAACUAUGAACAAGAACUACAGAAACAUGCAGAUGUUUCUAAGACGAUUAGUGAAUUAAGAGAGCAAUUACAUACGUACAAAGGUCAAGUUAAGACCCUGAACUUAUCGCGUGAUCAACUGGAGAAUGCUCUGAAAGAAAACGAAAAGAGUUGGUCCUCCCAGAAGGAAUCUUUAUUAGAACAGCUAGAUUUAUCGAAUUCUCGUAUUGAGGAUUUAUCCUCCCAAAAUAAACUAUUGUAUGAUCAAAUACAAAUCUACACAGCUGCGGACAAAGAAGUCAAUAAUUCGACAAACGGACCUGGUUUGAAUAAUAUUUUAAUUACACUACGUCGCGAAAGGGAUAUUCUUGAUACAAAAGUGACGGUGGCUGAAAGAGAUGCAAAAAUGUUGAGACAAAAAAUUUCUUUGAUGGAUGUUGAAUUACAAGAUGCUCGUACUAAGCUAGAUAAUUCAAGAGUUGAAAAGGAAAAUCAUUCUUCCAUUAUUCAACAGCAUGACGACAUUAUGGAGAAAUUAAAUCAAUUAAAUCUAUUAAGAGAAAGUAACAUAACAUUGCGGAAUGAGCUGGAAAACAACAAUAACAAGAAGAAGGAACUGCAAUCUGAAUUAGAUAAAUUGAAGCAAAAUGUUGCGCCUAUCGAGUCCGAAUUGACAGCCUUGAAAUAUUCUAUGCAAGAAAAAGAGCAAGAGCUCAAAUUAGCUAAAGAAGAGGUUCAUCGUUGGAAAAAGCGCUCACAAGACAUAUUGGAGAAACAUGAACAAUUGAGCUCAAGCGAUUAUGAGAAGCUAGAAAGCGAGAUAGAAAAUUUGAAGGAGGAACUAGAAAAUAAGGAGCGUCAAGGAGCGGAAGCCGAGGAAAAAUUUAACAGGCUGAGAAGACAAGCGCAAGAGAGAUUAAAAACAUCAAAACUCUCACAGGACUCAUUGACUGAACAAGUAAAUAGUCUAAGGGAUGCAAAGAACGUGUUGGAAAAUUCCUUGAGUGAGGCAAACGCGAGAAUCGAAGAGUUACAAAAUGCAAAAGUAGCACAAGGUAACAACCAGUUAGAAGCAAUAAGAAAAUUACAAGAAGACGCAGAAAAGGCUUCAAGAGAGCUUCAAGCCAAGUUAGAAGAAAGUACGACUUCUUACGAAUCUACGAUAAACGGCUUAAAUGAAGAGAUUACAACAUUAAAAGAAGAAAUUGAAAAACAAAGGCAAAUCCAGCAACAGUUACAAGCUACAUCUGCAAAUGAACAAAAUGACUUAUCUAACAUAGUUGAGUCUAUGAAAAAGUCUUUUGAAGAAGAUAAAAUCAAAUUCAUCAAAGAAAAAACCCAAGAAGUUAAUGAAAAAAUACUCGAGGCCCAAGAAAGGCUAAAUCAACCUUCCAAUAUCAAUAUGGAGGAGAUUAAAAAAAAAUGGGAAUCUGAGCACGAACAGGAAGUAUCUCAAAAGAUUCGCGAAGCUGAGGAAGCCCUCAAAAAGCGAAUCAGAUUACCCACUGAGGAGAAAAUUAAUAAGAUAAUCGAACGAAAGAAGGAGGAAUUGGAAAAAGAGUUUGAAGAAAAGGUUGAGGAGAGAAUAAAAUCAAUGGAACAAUCUGGAGAAAUAGACGUGGUGCUUCGAAAACAGCUAGAAGCUAAGGUUCAAGAGAAACAAAAGGAAUUGGAAAACGAGUAUAACAAAAAAUUACAAGAAGAACUCAAAGAUGUACCACACUCAAGUCAUAUCUCAGAUGAUGAAAGGGACAAAUUACGAGCAGAAAUCGAAAGCAGGUUGAGGGAGGAGUUCAACAAUGAACUGCAAGCCAUAAAGAAGAAAUCCUUCGACGAAGGAAAGCAACAAGCAAUGAUGAAAACUACCCUUUUGGAAAGAAAACUUGCCAAGAUGGAAUCUCAAUUGUCAGAAACAAAACAAAGUGCCGAGAGUCCUCCGAAAUCUGUUAACAAUGUACAAAAUCCAUUACUAGGAUUACCUAGGAAAAUCGAAGAGAAUUCAAAUUCACCAUUCAAUCCGUUACUUUCCGGUGAAAAACUCUUAAAGCUAAAUUCUAAGUCUUCAUCAGGUGGAUUUAACCCUUUUACCUCGCCAUCCCCAAAUAAGCACUUACAAAAUGAUAAUGACAAAAGGGAGUCGUUGGCUAACAAGACAGAUCCACCAACUCAUUUGGAACCCAGCUUCAACAUUCCCGCCUCAAGGGGUCUAAUAUCUUCAUCUUCCACUUUGUCAACUGAUACAAAUGAUGAAGAACUUACUAGCAACAAUCCUGCCCAAAAGGAUUCAUCGAACAGAAAUGUUCAAUCGGAAGAGGAUACAGAAAAAAAGAAAGAGGGAGAACCUGUUAAAAGAGGAGAGGCAAUAGAAGAGCAGACGAAAUCCAACAAGCGACCUAUUGAUGAGGUAGGAGAGCUGAAAAAUGAUGAAGACGACACUACAGAAAACAUUAAUGAGUCAAAAAAGAUCAAGACUGAAGAUGAGGAAGAAAAAGAAACCGAUAAGGUGAAUGACGAGAACAGUAUAUAA